AUGCAGAAGCAAGUGGAGGUCAGGAUAGACGAAGGCCAUUUGGAGCCCACAGUGGACGCAACUGAGAGUGCAUGUAGCACUGUAUGUGAUAAAAUCAUGAAGAACAUGGUUCUAACGCUGACAAUUCUUGGUGUGUUUCUGGGUUCCAUUGCUGGAAUGCUGCUGCGGCACAUAUCGCCUCUCCCUCCUGAUGUGAUUAUGAUCAUAAGCUUCCCGGGAGAGAUCCUAAUGAGGAUGUUGAAGAUGCUUAUUUUGCCUCUUGUUGUUUCAAGUCUGGUCACAGGACUGGCUGGCUUAGAUGCGAAAUCUAGUGGGCGUUUAGGCACCAGAGCCAUGGUGUACUACAUGACAACAACAGUCAUCGCAGCAGUCUUGGGGGUGAUCUUAGUGCUGCUCAUCCAUCCCGGGAACCCCAAGCUAAGAGCUAAUCUUGGACAGGGGAAGAAGAACGAUGACGUUUCCAGUGUGGAUGCCUUCUUUGACCUCAUUCGAAAUCUGUUCCCAGAAAACUUGGUGCAAGCCUGCUUCCAACAGAUACAAACAGUGACUACAAAAGUACAGGUGCCCACUAACAGAACCAAAGCACCCCCGCAGUUCACCAUCAAGAGGUCACUUCAGUUCAAGAGUGGAAUGAAUGUCCUUGGUUUAAUUGGAUUCUUUGUCGCUUUCGGAGUCAUCAUGGGGAAAAUGGGGGAGAAAGCCAAGCUUAUGCUUGAGUUCUUUAACGUCUUGAAUGAGAUCAUAAUGAGGAUUGUUAGUGCAAUUAUGUGGUACUCGCCAAUUGGAAUUGCUUGCCUGAUCUGUGGUAAAAUCAUCUCCAUUGCUGACUUAGAGGUGGUUGCUCGACAGCUUGGAAUGUACAUGAUCACUGUGAUAGUGGGCCUCAUCAUCCAUGGCGGCAUCUUCCUUCCUCUCAUAUAUUUUGUGAUUGUCAAACAAAAUCCUUUCAAGUUCUUCAUGGGAAUGUUCCAGGCUUGGGUCACGGCACUUGGAACGGCAUCCAGUGCUGGAACCUUGCCUGUCACGUUCCGAUGCUUAGAGGAGAACUUGAAAAUUGACAAGAGAGUAACACGUUUCGUCCUCCCUGUCGGGGCCACCAUCAACAUGGAUGGCACGGCGCUCUAUGAGGCCGUGGCUGCCAUCUUCAUCGCUCAGAUGAACGGAAUUGUUCUCGACUGGGGCCAAAUUGUCACUGUCAGUAUGACAGCGACCCUGGCUAGUGUUGGAGCAGCCAGUAUCCCCAGUGCUGGUCUCGUAACCAUGCUGCUCAUCCUAACAGCAGUGGGGCUGCCCACUCAGGACAUCAGUCUCCUUGUGGCUGUCGACUGGCUCCUGGAUCGCUUCCGUACCUCCGUCAAUGUGAUUGGCGACUCGUACGGAGCCGGUAUUGUAUACCAUCUCUCCAAAGAUGAGCUUGACUCCUUCGAUGCCCAACAAUCCCGGAUGGAGGACUUUGAGAUGACUAAAACCAAAUCUUUCUUUGAAAAUAACACCAACCAGAAUGUGUAUGCUCACCACAAUUCAAUCCUGAUAGACGACUGCAAGGUCACCAUGGGCAAAAAUGGCAAGACUGCAGGAUUCUGUCUUGUUGAAGAGGAACCUUGGAAAUGCGAGUAAAGCAGGCCCAGGAGCUGCUGCGCCUUACCCUGAGUAAAACUUUUACCUUCUGAUGACAAAUCGAUUAAAAUGACACUCAGACAACGUGAACCGCAGAGACUGUACAGGAGAAUCAUCUUCAAGUUGCCCUUUUAAAUUCUUUUUUCCAGUUAUCCAUCUAGGUAGCUUCACAUCACCUCAGAUCGAUUGUGUGUGUAUUUGCAAAAACCAAACGCGAGUUCCAAUAACGUGGUUGAAAAGCCUCAGGGCCUUACUUGGUGCUGCUGCAAACGUCAUGUUUCGGCUAUUACGGACUUCUUCACCUUUUUGUAACAUCUCAUUUCACUUUUGUAUUUAAUAUCUUUGUGGUGCAUCGAGAGCCGAUGAUAUAAAUCAAGCGAGAGCAGAGCAUUGGGCUGAUGCACAUCUUAGGGUCAGUGCUUUUGAUUUUUUUUUAACCCCUGAAUGUUGCUUAUUCUCAAUAAUGGGUGGCUGCUCCAAUCAAGGCUUUUGAAUUUAGAUUUGGAUUAACCCUUUCAGGGACAGCGGUUACGACAGUGGACAGUUUAUCAUGUUAUCAGGUUACAGGUUAUCAUUAUUGGUGCAUGAACGGGUUAAUUUGACUGUCACUUAAAAUGCAAAUAUGCAUGGUCAAUGAGCACAUAAGGCACAAAGAAAAAGCGGCUCUCUGGGCGAUAUUGUGAUUCAAAUACAGGUGGGUCCAAUACCUUUUACUUUUUGACUAAUGGGCUUACACCCUGAUGUCGCACACACAGUCAAGCCUAAGCCGAAAGCUUAUGUCUUAGACCAUAAAGCGGAAAAGGUGCGGCCUCUAAUUCUGGCAACAGCCAGUGCGUGAUGUGUUGUUGUAAAACAAGCAUAUGAGGGUGCCCUCCAAGUUACUGUCAUUGUGUUUUUGUGAAUAUUUUUGUAACGUUUGAACACUGAAUUUUUUGGGGAAUAGUUACAGAAUAAGACUGGAACAUAUUUGGUCAUACAGUAUGCGCUGUUUCUAAGUGCAAACGGGAAAGAUAAGCAUGGCAAAUAAAAUGGGAGUCAGUAAAGAUGAAAAAAGGAGAAAUGGCUCUUACACUAUUCAAGCCAGUGCAUUGUUUUAUGUUUCUCAUUUCUUUUCCACAUUCUUUUUUGGUUGUGUGUUCAAUAUUUUACUUGCCUUGAAGAAAUCAGCUGCAUAGUGCAGUAAGCAUGUUGUUUCAAUACAAGUUAAUCUGGGAUUCCCAUGAAUUCAGGGAAUUAUUGGUAUCUAUCUUGAUGGCAGAAUGAGGAUGGUUGGGCCCUCCUCAUCUGCACAACUGAGUUAGAGCCAUUUGGUUUUCCUCCCGUGACGACAUAUCUUACUUGGUUUGGUCCUGUUUGUUUAUUGCGUGCACAAAUGAUUUGGUCUCCCACAUUUAAUUGUAUCAAGAAAGCAAUAGCUCAUGUAAAAAGAUUAUUGCUUAAAGUGCCUCCUUGCACUUUGUGUCUAGUCCAUGUCCUCUAUUUAUAGAUAAAUGCAUGCGUAAAACUUGUUUAGAGCUUUUGUCAGUGUUUUGCAUGGCUUUUGCUAUGCUUUGUAUAAUUACUUACAAACCGUAGAUGUAUGUUUAAUAAACUUCACUAUGGGCUUUGUUUUUUUUUUGGGGGGGGGGCGGAUAGUUUGUGAACUUUUAUUUUCAUUAAAAUAAUUUCACUUUGUAUUUCUAAAUAACUACUGAACUCCAAAUCAUGAUCAAGGAGACGGACCCUGAUUAUUACAUGAAUUGUGUACUUUUUUGAUUGUAUAUUUGGUUGUUUCAAGGCUACGAGCAAGGUGAAAAAAAAAACUUUGCAAGUUGGAAAACGUUGGUGGCAGCUAAGUGUCUGCAUGUAGUGAGACCAAAGUAAGCUGUUCAGCAUGCAGUACAGACUCAUACUAGUUGAUGAGAAGGGCUACAUUCGUCCUUUGAGUGUGCAAUUUGUUGUCAUUUCUGUAAAUGUGGUGGGUACCAGAAAACCUCAACUGCAUGCACCACAGCUGUUUGCCACCUUUUGGGGCUAUCGACUGCACUGUACAUAGGUACACAGCAUUAUGUUGUUGGUGGAUAGACAACAGGAAUGGGAAGAACACAAUACCCCUAUGUGUGUGUGUGUAUGCGUGUGUGCGUGUGCGUGUGUGUGUGUGUGUGUGUGUGUGUUGUAUUAAAUGUCUGUCGAGUCCACCACUCAGUAAAAACAUUGAACAGAUCAGGGUUUUCUAUUCUAAAACAAAGUGUGACAUGCCGAACUGAAAUGUACUGCUUUCAGGAAAAUAUGGCUAUUGUUAUGAUACACUUUAGGAAAAUGGGGGAAACCUGUCUUAAUUAUGACUGAUGAAAUACCUGUACAUUAGCUCUGAAUCUAAAACUUUGAUAUAUAUAUAUCCUCAUAUCUUUUCCUGAUGUGACCAAAAAUG